AUGCACAAAACCUGUGGAGGAAGAAGACCCAAAAAGAAAAUCUACCAUAGAGUCCAUGAACUAGACAAAGCCAUGGACCUCCAAAAGAAACCCAAUGUCAUCCUAAAGCUCAAAUCAAUCAUCCAAUCACAAAAGAACCAAUCUUUACUUCUCAGAGACCUCGAAAAAGAAGUGGGAUUUAUUCAAAAAUGGAAUUUCAUAGCUGUUAUUGAAAAAUACCCAUUAAUAUUCCACGUCAGCAGUGGUCACAAAACACCACCUGCAGUCUCACUUACCAAAAAAGCCGAAAAGAUUGCUUCUGAAGAAUCUCUAGCCAAUGAACUCAUGGAACCCAUUUUGGUCAACAAUUUGAAGAAACUAUUAAUGUUGUCAGUUGAUUGUAGGUUGCCACUUGAAUCCAUUGAUUUAAUUCAACCCGAAUUUGGUUUACCUUCUGAUUUCAAGAAAUCUUUAAUCCCAAAAUUUCCCGAAUUUUUCUCUGUAAAAGAAGUACGCGGGAUUCCCCAUCUUGAACUUGAAACAUGGGAUUCCUCCCUUGCGAUAACUGCCCGAGAGGAAAGAUUGAUCCAAGAUAGAAUUUCGGGCAGUUCCGGGCAGCUGAAACGGGCACGAAUUUCAAAAGAUGGAAACUUUCAUGGCCCUUUUGCUUUUCAUUUAAAAUUCCCAGUUGGGUUUCGACCAAACAUGAGUUAUCUUCAAGAACUUGAAAAAUGGCAAAAGAUGGAUUUUCCUUCUCCUUAUUUGAAUGCAAAAAGAUUUGAAGUUUCUGAUCCUAAAGCUCGGAAGAGGGUGGUUGGAGUUCUUCAUGAGGUUCUUAGUUUGACUAUGGAGAAAAGGUUGACUUCUGCACAGCUGGAAGCGUUUCAUUCAGAAUUGAGAUUGCCUGCUAGAUUGUUGCUUUGUUUAAUUAAGCAUCAUGGUUUGUUUUACAUUACUAAUAAAGGUGCAAAGAGUAGUGUUUUUCUUAAAGAAGGUUAUGAAGGGUCAAGAUUGGUUGAUAAAUGUCCACUUUUGAUGUUUAGGGAUAAGUUUGUAGCACUCAGUGGGAGGAGAGAUGUUGAACAUUCAUCAUGUGUUGUAUGA